UUAUCUGGGGUGCAGGACUGGGGAAAUUUCAUUCGUAUUCAAAGUGAUUUUUAUUCGAAAUGUUUGCAGAUUAUCUAACCCAAACUGUUGUGCCGGCAUCUCUGUCUAUGAGACUGUUGGCUGGAUUCCUGCUUCUUAUAUCGAUAUGGGUUAUCUACUACAGACUGCUCCAUCCCCUCUCAAAAGUGCCUGGCCCCUUCCUCGCCUCGGUUUCUCCCUUCGUUCAGCUCUAUCAUGGACUCCAAGGAGACCGUCACUUGUGGAUUCAUGACCUGCAUCAGCGAUACGGUCCAAACGUUCGCCUGGCGCCGAAUUUUGUAUCCUUUAACUCAGUAGAAGGGCUGCACAAAAUUUAUGGGCAUGGAAAUCGGUUUAGAAAGGCUGACUUCUAUAAUGGAUUUACCGCGAUUAAGGGGGUCUAUAACACACAUAAUUCCAUUGACAAGUUCGUUCACGGACGAAAAAGACGUGUACUCAGCCAGGCCUUCUCCGAUAAUGCGCUGAAAGGUAUGGAAGAUGUCAUGCUGCUCCAUGUGCGGCAGCUUUGCUCUAUCCUUGGCAAUAAUCAGCCCGAGAAGGGUCACAUCGCGGGAGAGAAAACGUUCAAUAUGGCGAAUUGGUUUGGGUAUUUGACAUACGAUGUGAUGGGGGAACUUUGCUUUGGUAAGAGCUACGAUAUGUUGAUUGAUGGUGCCAAACGACGGAUGAUUCACCUAGUGGACAGGGCGGCGUACAGACACUAUGUGUGUGGACUUUGGAUGCCCCUGGAUCGCUGGAACCUCGACAAGUUCUUCAUUCGACGUCUGACGAAGGACCGGUGGAACUUCAUUAUGGAGUCUCGUCAGGAAGCCAACCAACGUGCCAAAGAGCGGACAUCGUUGGGUUUAGAUGCGAAGAAGGAUUUUUUCUAUUAUCUCCUCAAUGCUCGAGACCCUGAAACCGGCAAAGGGCUUGCAACCCAGGAACUCUGGGGGGAAGCUAAUGUGCUCAUGAUUGCGGGCAGUGAUACAACCUCGACUAGUUUGGCAGCGUGCAUGUUCUAUCUGGUCCGCCACCCACAUGCAAUGGAAAAGCUGAAGAAUGAAGUCCGUGCUCAUUUUGAGGACGUGGAAGAGAUUGUCUCUGGAGCUCGCCUGAACCAACUCACGUAUCUCAAGGCAUGCAUUGACGAGGCGAUGCGACUUGCACCUGCUGUACCUGGGUCUAUUCCUCGGGAGGCGGCCGAGGAGAUGGUUACUGUCGAGGGGGUGAAUUUACCAGAAGGCACUGGGUGCGGUACUCCAGCAUAUUCUAUUCAUCGGAGGCCAGAAUACUAUCGACAACCAUUAAGCUACAUUCCCGAACGCUGGCUUGAAGGUUCUGAAUGCAAGACAGCUACGGAAUUCUGGACUGUGUCGAGGGAAGAUGUUGAACUUGCUCGCAAGGCGUAUUGCCCGUUCAGCAUCGGUCCUCGAGGAUGUAUCGGAAAGGGUAUGGCAUUGAUGGAACUUCGACUAACCCUCGCUAGAGUUCUUUUCUCGUUCGAUAUUGAAGUUGCUGACUCGACUGGCGAGGAUGAAAAUGGCCAUUACAAGUUGGUUGAUCACUUUGUUGUGUCGAAGAACGGCCCGAAUGUUACUGUACGCAAUCGACAGUUUUAACAUUAAUAGCUUACGGAAAUGAAUUCAUUGCUCUUCAAGAGGUGUGAGCCUGGGAUGAGUUGUGACUGGCUGGAGUAUUGUCUUCAAAGAUGAUUCUCUGAGUAGGAUGCAGCGAACACUGCUGAAAAUAGAGGGCAAAAAGCAAUGUACAAAAUCUGCAAGUAAACCUCAUGAACAAUUAGCUAGUAUCGAGACUGGAGUGCGUAGGGGUUAAAACCCUCUGGUAUCAAUGCAGGGAACCUUAACAUCUAUUCCUUUGCUUUCAAAG